UACUUUCCAGCUAGUUAAGUAUUAUUUGCACAAAGGUGACAUACAAGUUUAUUAGAUUUGUCAUGAGCGAGGCAUGCAAAAAUGUACGGUAAAGUUUCGGCAUGUUUAGACGUUAAGUUUAUUCCCACGCAGUAUUGUUUUUCGGUGUUUUUAAUAUAUGCUUCUAUUAACCAAUAACCGCUUCAUAUUCAACCUCGUAUAGAUAUUUAAAUAAGAGCGAGAAUAAAGUUAUGUAUUAUUUGCACAAAGGUGACAUACAAGUUUAUUAGAUCUGUCAUGAGCGAGGCAUGCAAAAAUGUACGGUAAAGUUUCGGCAUGUUUAGACGUUAAGUUUAUUCCCACGCAGUAUUGUUUUUCGGUGUUUUUAAUAUAUGCUUCUAUUAACCAAUGACCGCUUCAUAUUCAACCUCGUAUAGAUAUUUAAAUAAGAGUGAGAAUAAAGAAAUACUACCUUGAUCUUGCUUGUGUUUAAUCUUUUGCUUGGCGUAACGUGAGUUUGUCCGGUUGUUAUCGCCUAUCGCACUCUUUAAAUUCAGUGUUAUUAACUUAGAACCGUAAAAAAAACACCCUUGAAAAUCCGUCACUUCAACUAGAGCCUUUUGGAGUGUUUCUACUGUUAACAAUGUAUAAAUCUUGUUAAUCUGUCACUACAACCGUAAAAACACCCUUAAAAAUCCGUGUCACUUCAACUAGAGCCUUUUAAAGAGUGUUUCUACUAUUAAUAACGUAGAGAUUUUGUUAAUAUGUCAUGAUAACCUUAAAAAACAGUGCAUCACUUCAAUUACAGGCUUUAGAAAUUAAUGGAGAUUCUCAAGUGUGCCUCUCUUGUCAAUAACGUAGAAAUCUUGCUAAUCUGUCACUAGAACAGUAAAAAACACCCUUGAAAACCCUUGAAAACCCGCGCAACUUCAACUAAAGCCUUUGGAAAAUAGUGUUGCUUUUUAAAAAUUCUGGCAAAAAAGACUAAACUGUUAAUAACGUAGAAAUCUUGCUAAUCUGUCACUAGAACCGUAAAAAACACCCUUGAAAACCCUUGAAAACCCGCGCAACUUCAACUAAAGCCUUUGGAAAAUAGUGUUGCUUUUUAAAAUUCUGGCAAAAAAGACUAAACUGUUAAUAACGUAGAAAUCUUGCUAAUCUGUUACUAGAACCGUAAAAAACACCCUUGAAAACCCUUGAAAACCCGCGCAACUUCAACUAAAGCCUUUGGAAAAUAGUGUUGCUUUUUAAAAUUCUGGCAAAAAAGACUAAACUGUUAAUAACGUAGAAAUCUUGCUAAUCUGUCACUACAACCGUAAAAAACACCCUUGAAAACCCUUGAAAACCCGCGCUACUUCAACUAAAGCCUUUGGAAAAUAGUGUUGCUUUUUUAAAUUCUGGCGGAAGACUUAACGCAACCGUCCCUUUAAAAAGACGCGGCGGGGUUUGUUUACAUCCUGACCCUCGUACGUGGAAGUCUGCAAAGGAAGGAAAUACACCAAACAUGGCCACACUCAUCCGAAUCAAACGACGCGCUGCCGAGGAGCCCCUGGAGACAAUUCUGGUGCGGGCCAAGCGGAGGAAGGUGGAUGAGGGGGUGGAGGGGGCUGUGGGCGGAGCAGACAGUGGAUUGCGUGAUCAGCCGGCAGCCAUUCUUGCCAGAGUGGCCACGGUGGAGACUAAGGAGGCCAGGGUGGAUGCCAGGGUGCUGCAGGAGGCUCAGAAGGGGUGGCAGCUGCGACAGAGGUAUAAGAGGCUUGACCCAAAGGAAGGAAGGAAGGAGGCUGGCAGGAGGGAGGCCAAGGAGAGGGAGAGGGAGAGGAGGUACCAGAUAACAUCAAGUUUUCGAGGUAACAUCACAACAACAACAACAACAACAACAACAACAGCAUCAACAACAACAACAACAACAGCACAAGACAGCAAGGACAGGAAGAGGAAGACAGAAGAAGAAGAAGAAGAACAUGAAGAAGGAGAAGAAGAAGAGAAGAAGAUUAAGAUUUUUGACUCCGAAAUUUCAUCUUUACGAAAUACACAAGAGGAUGUGAUAACCUGCAAUGGAGAGCCUAUGGAGGUUAAAUUUGUGUAUGACCUUUAUUACCUCCCCAGCACUGUGGACUGGGGUGACCUGGUGUGCGAACAAAACAUGUUAAUGGCAGAAGAGGAAGAGGAAGAGGAAGAGGAGGAGGAGGAGGAGGAUGAAAAUGCAGAAGAUAAUUGGAGGAAUGAGUAUCCAGAAGAAGAAGAAGAUGAUGAUGAUGAUGAUGAUGAUGAUGAUGAUGAUGUGGACGCAUAUGACUACAUUACAAGACCAAACAGAAGAAACCUGCUGAGAUGUGAUUCAGAUAGGAGCUUUGACGUGGAAGAGUACGAGGAAGAAGAGGAGGAACCAGCAUUUGAUGACUUUGGUAACCUUGUAAUUGGUUCACUGAGACAUAGGUUGGCUCUCACUAGGCUUACCAGUGAAAGUGAGAGUGACUGAGAGAGAGAGAGAGAGAGAGAGAGAGAGAGUAUAAUGUAAAUAUUUUAUUAUUAAUCAUUCUUGUUUUUGUUAAUCUUAGAAGAGAGAGACAGAGAGAGAGAGAGAGAGACUUAAAUAAAUUCCUUUCCAUAAUAAUAAUAAUAAUAAUAAUAAUAAUGAUAAUAAUAAUAAAAUUUACCAAAGAAAGAUUUAAGAAAGUUUAGCAUUUUUAUAUCAGUUUUCUUUAAAUUUAUUCUAUUUUUAAGGUUAAUUCACAAUAUUUCUUAAGGAUUUGAAUAUAAACUUGUUUUGUAAGA